AUGCCUAUACGGCAGACUUCAGCCCUUGAUACAAAUGCUUCGGUGCUAAACCAGGAACGAUUAGAAGAAGAAGAUAAUACGAAAUCGGGAAAGCUAUUGUCGAAUUUGCGCGAAUCGCUGAGUAGGGAGAUGAAAAUAAAGGAGGGGAGUGAGAAUAUGUUGGAGGCAUUGAAUACGAAGAAAGCAAAACAGACAAAAGAGCAAAGGCAGAGGGUGGAGACGGAAUUGAAUAUAUCCAACCAGAAGAUCAGAGAUUUGAGAUUCCAGAUUACGGAACUUCAAAAACCUAAGCCUCCCACGACUCCUACGCGCAACCGAAUGGAUGCUCUCUUCCAGAGUAAUGGUUUGAGAUCACCUCAAAGUGCUUCCAAAAGUGUUGGGGGCUCGGAAGCAGCAGAUGAGCUCAUAGAAUCUCCAACAUAUGCGCUGGCCGAAAUUCUACAAGCUCUUGAGGUGGAAGGCCUCACUCCUGACUACUACGUGGGCCAUGCAAAUGAUCUAGUUGAGCUCUUCAAGCGUCACCCAACCUUGAAGUACGAUCUAGUGUGGUCAGUAUUCGGCCUGAGAAUGCAAGUCAUGCUCCUGAGUGGGAGCCGAGAAGUAGUCGCCGCAGGAUAUCGUAUGACAAGAUAUGCAAUUUCUGAUGUUAGCUCUUUACAAAAGAUUCGUAGCUUACAUACUGAUUAUCUCGCUGUCGUAUCACUGAUCAAGAAGGGAACUUCUGACGUGGAACGGGAGCAGGCUUUGAAAUUCAUUCGAGCUUUUCUAGAUGUCAAAGACGGUAUAAAAGAGGUUUCCAGGGCUGUCGUAAGAACUAUAGCUUCAGUUGCAGAUCAUGAGGAGGAUCGACUCAAAGCUAUCUGCAUAGAAACACUUGCAGAAAUCAUGGUCCGCGAUCCCAGCCUUGUCGUUGCCUCUGGCGGUCUCAGACCUCUCGCUGAAGCUUUAGGUGAUGGUACUUACGAAGCUUCCGAGAGUCUGACAGCAGCAUUUUUGUUCUUGCUUGAUUCUCCUCAUAGGCGCCAAUAUCUGCGAUCAGGUUAUGAGCUAGAAAUUCUCUUCACCUCCUUCACAGACUCACUAUCUGUGAAGGAAGAAAUUUUAAAGCAAAACUCGAAGGCUAUUUCAUAUGCCUUAAAUUCAUGGCCUGGUCUUAUGGCAUUGUCUAUGUACAACUUUAGAGCUAUCAAAUCACUCGUGUCAUGCUUAAUUCUCCCGAAUCCCGUUGUACGCGAGACUGUCAUAGAUUUGUUCUAUGGAAUCUUGCGCAUCAAGUCUCCUUUCUGGGCAACCUCUUUCCUCGCUGGCAGACGUCUCACUACAUACGGACGAGUCGCAAACCUCAAAACUGCACCAUCAAAAACAUCAGCGCAGCAAGUAACUGAAGACGAGGCAUGCGAUAAAAGCUUUGUCGACCACUAUACAGCGCUUUUACUGGCUGUGUUGAUAAACUCCGGCAUGGUUGAAGGAUUGUUGCAAGUUACUCGAGAUACUGAUAAUGCGAUGCUAAAGCGAAAAACUACUCUACUUAUCGGAGAAGUUCUGAAGCUUGCAAGUCAGCUAUUACCAUCAAACUGGAGCGCUGAACUUCAGUUGCUCCCCGGAUUAUUUGCUGCUGCAUCUCAAUUCGGAAGCGAAGAACGAAUUGUAGCCACAAGCACGGUGUAUCAGAUUAGCAGUAAAUAUGUCAAAGUCGGUUGCGCACUUAUGCACACUCUCCUUCAAACAGUAGAAGGAGUGAAAUAUCUAGCAGACAACAAGCUACUCAGGCAAAUUGCGGAAUGUCUCGCUCAAUGUGAUCCGACGAGUGGUCUCACUGCUUCCCAACCAACAUUUUCGAAAGAAAGACUUUCGGAAACGCUCGCAUGCGGCUAUUUUGCUAUGCUUGGCACCUUGAGUGGUGACCCUAAAGGGUUGCAAAUGUUGGAUCGUUGGCGAAUGAUCAAUAUGAUGUAUCAUAUAAUUGAUUUGAAACAGCGCCCUGAUUUGAUCAAGCUACUGUUGUCAAACUUUGACUAUAAUUUACAAGGACACCCGAGAGUCCUCUUAUCUAAGGCUUUGACCGCAGGAUCUAAGGAGAUUCGUAUACAUGCAACGAAUGUCCUGCGUAAGUAUUCCAGUCGCGCUCCAGGGACCACCGACUAUAAAUGGGCAAUCGAGCUUCUGGUCACUCAAUUAUAUGACCCAGAGGUUGAAGUCUGCGCAACUGCCAUCAAGAUUCUUGAGGAGGCAUGUAACAGAAAAAGUUAUCUCGAAUUCAUUGUGGAGUGUCGCCCGGCUUUAGACCAUUUAGGCGAAAUCGGUGCUCCUUUAUUGCUACGUUUUCUCUCGACUUCGAUUGGAUAUCACUAUUUGGACGGACUCGAUUACAUCAGCAAUGAAAUGGAUGAUUGGUUCUUGGGAAGGAAUGAUAGCUACGUCGGAGUUAUCGAGGCAAGUUUAUCACGAGCCUUUGCAGAAAUGCCUGAAGAAUCUUCGCAUCGUAUGAGUAUCGACGAGGAUAGCUUUGAUAUCGACGCCGAAAACGAUACCCAGGUUCCUCCUCAUUUUUAUAGAGAACUUACUCGCACAAAAGAAGGCUGCAAACUUCUUCAAGAUAAAGGACAUUUCGAAGAGUUUGCAUCCACGAUCCGCGAAUAUGGUAUGCUAGCCGAUGAUCCCGAGCUCAUUCUCAAAAUCAAAGGGUGUCUCUGGGCAGUCGGAAAUGUGGGAUCCAUGGAACUAGGCGCACCAUUCUUAGAGGAAUCAGACGUCGUCGAGCAAAUCGUCAAGAUUGCCGAAGAACAUCAAAUCAUGAGUUUACGCGGUACCGCAUUCUAUGUCCUAGGACUUAUCUCUCGAAGUAGGCAUGGUCUUGAAAUUCUUUCGGAACACGGAUGGGACUCCAAUACCACUACCUUAGGCGUCUCCCUCGGCCUCUGCAUCCCUCAAAACCUAAACAAAUUCUUCUCCUAUCAACCUUGGGAACAUAAAACCAUCUCUGACAUCAUCAUCACAGAAGAAGAAAAAAUGGAAAUUGAUCUAGCGCGUAUUGAUGGUGAUGAAACUAAUCAACGUAUCCUGGAACUCGUUGAAAAUCUCGGAAAUAUGAUUUUACAUAAAAAGGCCAUUGGAGAGUUGAUUGCCAUCAAAGAAAAUAAAGGAUAUGCAUUUAAACAGGUGCGGUUGUUUAAAAAGGUUAUGGUACUGUUGGAGUAUCAUCACUUCAGACUCCCGAUGCGCAGGUUUGUCAUCGAACUUUUUGAGAAGAGGGUACUGAGGCGUAUUGUGUUGGAAGAAGAAGAAGAUGAGGUGGAAAUGAGUGAGAGGGACGUGGAGAGAGUGGAGAGGAGAAUCCCACGUGAUGAAGAAGAUAGUGAAAGUGAGGGUGUGAGAACGGAACGUCAGAGAAGUGUUACGGAUAUUGGAACCAUGGCGAAUCAAGCGAAUACUCCGUAG